AUGGCGAGAAGACCGGACGAGGAAUACGAUUAUUUGUUCAAAGUAGUAUUAAUCGGCGAUUCGGGCGUAGGGAAAUCGAACCUCCUCUCCCGAUUUACUCGCAACGAGUUCUGCUUGGAGUCCAAGUCCACCAUUGGCGUCGAGUUUGCCACCCGUACUCUCCAGGUUGAGGGAAGAACUGUGAAAGCUCAGAUAUGGGACACAGCAGGACAGGAGCGAUAUAGAGCCAUUACUAGUGCCUACUAUAGAGGCGCCCUGGGAGCUCUACUUGUCUAUGAUGUAACAAAACCAACAACAUUUGAGAAUGUGAGCAGAUGGCUGAAGGAAUUGAGAGACCAUGCUGACUCAAACAUUGUGAUCAUGAUGAUUGGGAACAAGACUGAUCUGAAGCAUCUACGUGCGGUUGCCACAGAAGAUGCCCAGGGUUACGCCGAAAAAGAAGGCCUUUCAUUUAUUGAAACAUCUGCUCUUGAAGCAAUCAACGUUGAGAAGGCUUUCCAGACAAUUCUUGCAGAGAUAUACCGGAUUAUUAGCAAGAAGUCUCUUUCAUCAGAUGAGCCAACACCUGCAAGCAUUAAAGAAGGGAAGACUAUUGCAGUCACUGGAGGAUCAGAGGUCAAUACAAAGAAGACUUGCUGUUCUUCAUCCUGA